GCAAAAUAUUUGACAACAAAAUUAACAAGAUUAAAAACUAAACUAAAAAAGUUUAUACAAAUUGUGAAAAAUAUCAACAGCGAGAGAGUUAACCGGCUUUGGCACGAAUUUCAAGUGAAGAUACUCAAGAGCAGGAGAACUCCUCAUACAAGAUGCCUCCAAAAAAGGGUAAAGGAAAGAAGGGAAAGAAGGCGCCAAUGUUAAUUGAUGGCGUGGACACGUCCACCAUGACAAGGGACCAACUUGAACAGUUUGCAUUGAAAUUGAAAGAGGAGAUGGAACGCGAACGGGAAGAGAGGAACUUCUUUCAAUUGGAGCGUGAUAAAAUACGUACAUUCUGGGAAAUCACCAGAGGACAGUUGGAGGAAACUCGUUUCGAGGUGCGUCAUAAGGAUCAUGAAGUGGAGAUGGCACAGGAGUUAGCUGACAUCGAUACCAAACAUAUUAUGCAACAAAUGAAACAUUUGCAAUAUGAGAAUCAAAGCAAGAUUGGUGAAAUACGCGCUGAGGCGAUGACUCAACUGAAACUUGCUCAGGAAGAUCAUGUCGCUCAGGAGCAAGAAUUGCUUAAGGAUAAGCGUGAUUUGCGUCGUCUGUUGAGGGAACGCGAUGAAACGCAUGAAUUGCAAAUACAACAAUUGAAGAUGAAGCAUAACGAUGAGAUGGCCGAGGCACGCAUUCAAUUCCAACGGGAAGCCAAAGAUAUGGAGCUGUUGCAUGAGGAGAAAAUGAAGGCACUAAAGAACGAGGUCGAACUAGUCUACCGAAUGCAGAUGUUCGAAGUGGAGGAACGUAAGAACACACAAAUUCAGCGGCUAAUCGAGAGUCACGACACAGCCUUCAACGACAUGAAAAACUAUUACAACGACAUCACAUUGAAUAAUUUGGGUCUGAUUAGUAGUUUGAAGGAACAACUGGAGGCAUUGCGUAAACAAUCCGAACGCAGUGAUCGAACUGCUGCCGAGGUACUUACCGAGAAUCGUAAACUCAAAGAGCCACUAGAAGCGGCCCAAACCGAACUGGCGGACUUGCGACGCAAGAUGGAGCAUUUCGAACGUGACCGUAAUCAACUGGCACGUCUCAAGGCGCGCAACACUUAUAUCGAAAAGCAACUGAAGGCACUCACAUGGGAAACAGAAACGUUGCUACUGCGCAACGAUACCCUGAAGAGAGAACGGGAAGAACUCAAAUCGAAAUUCGAUGAAGUUGUUAUGGAAUUACAACAAAAGACGGGCUUAAAGAAUGUACUACUCGAGCGUAAGAUCUCCAUGAUGGAACGGGAUGGCGAGAAACGUGAUUUAUUACUAAAGCAAACCCAAAUGAUAUGUGGCGCUUCCGGCGAUGUAACGGAAAAUAUACAAAAACAAAUCAAUGCAUCACUUGACGAAAAGAAUAAGUUGAUUGACGAGCUACGCUACGAGCUGGUGCGUGUUAUUAAAGCGCAUGACGAUCUGCUCGCCACAUACGAGUCCAAGUUAACGCAAUUCGGCAUACCACAGGACGAGUUGGGCUUCGAACCGUUGCGCCUGUCGGAGAAGCAUCGUUAUUUAUGUGGACCAGCUGGCCUGGUGACCAAAAAUCAAUGACUACUUCCGCUUCCAGCCACAUGCCAAGAAUGGCCACUGUUGAUGUAGUUAGUAGACAUGCUUAUCGGUUUAGUAGUAAUUUUUAUUAUUUUUCUCUUUGCCUUUUUGCGAUUUAUGUACGUACGUACGCUUUAAGCUGGCAUUAGCACAAGAGGCUAAUGGACUGAAUGGUGUGCAGUUUUUUGUUAACUUGUAAAAUACAAGCAGCAUAUUUUAAAAUACACUUAUAUACGGUUAUGUGUGUAAACCUGUG